UCUCAACACCUCUCUGAAGUUGGCAUCGCUGAAGUUCACCUUUCCAAAACAUGGAUCAGCAUCGUUCAAACUCUACUCCCCCUUCGCUUCAUACUGCUCCGAGCAACGCUUCAGACCAUACUGGCAUUGAGACAUAUAUUGAUUUCGGUUUUCUCGAUGUCGCACAAACAACUCCUACCAGCCACUCAUGCUCAGAUUUGUGUGGCGUCGAUCCCAAUUCAAACGUGAUACAAAAGACUGAAAGUAUAACCUCCGUGACCGGUUCAGUUACUAUUGCAUCUGCAUCUAACUCCUUGGACGUUGCGGAGAAAAGUUCAUUGGCAGCCUGUUUGGAAUCUCAAAGCUCGUUGGAUCUAUCAAAUUCUUCCUAUGUCCCCGCAUCCGGCCUAAAGAAAACUCCCGAACUUUCAACUCUUCGACUUCUGUUGGCUCACACAGGGGCGGCAUUAACUUUGUUCCUAGCUACUACAGACGCUACCAUAGUGUCGACUAGUCUUCCUACUAUUGCAGCUGAUUUGGAGGCUUCUGAAUCUCAAUAUACUUGGGUUGGGGUCGCAUAUCUUCUGACUCAAACUGCCUUUCAACCUCUCUAUGGUAGAAUCGCAGAUAUCGUUGGGCGAAUGAUUCUACUGUAUUCCAGUAUCGCGAUCUUCGCGUUGGGCUCUCUUCUCUGUGCCGUCUCUCAGAACAUCGUGAUGCUUAUUGCGUCUCGUGCACUAGCAGGAAUCGGCGGGGGUGGCAUUGUGAGCUGCGUUUGGGUCAUUACUGCAGAGAUCGUUGAGAUGCGACAUCGCGCAAAAUGGUCUCAAGCUUUGAGUGUCACCUGGAGCUGUUCGGCCGUAGCAGGUCCACUCUUAGGUGGAUUAUUCAGCGGUAGUCAGACAAAUUUUGUCAAUUGGAGAUGGUGUUUCUAUCUCAAUCUUCCUCUCUGCCUUAUUGGCUUUUUGAUUUUGUUGGGGGCUCUUCGCGAUGUACGAUUGGACCCCGCAUCCGAUGCAUCCUAUUCGCUGAUCCGGAGGUUCGACUUUGGGGGAUUGAUAUUAUUCAUGGGUGGUACGUGCUGCAUAGUAGUAGGGUUUAGUUUCGUCACGAGUAAUGGCUGGAACAGCCCCGUCACCAUCGUUCUGAUCGUUCUGGGCUUGCUGAUCCUCGUUUGUGGUUCUAUAUACGAGGCAAAUACAACGAGAGACAGUUUGUUUCCUCCCACCAUGUUCAAGAAUAUCACCGCAGUGACCAUUCUUGUGAUCGUUUUCUUGCAUAACUUUGCAUUCAAUGCUGGCACGUUCUAUCUUGCACUGUUCUAUCAGGCCGCUGACGGAUACUCGCCGCUUGAAGCUGGGGUGCAGAUGUUACCUUACUCUCUUGGCGCUUCUCUUGCUUCUAUGCCCACUGCAUGGUUCAUAAGUUGGUGGCAAAAGCGCAGACGUGAUACUAGCGGACAAAAUCUGGUCAUUUCAAUCGGGUUUCUGAUUAGUGCACUGGGAUUCGGGCUUCUCAAUUUGCUCAACGAAGAUUCGCGUAUGUCAUUUCAAGAUGUAUUCCCGCUCAUAGCAGGCAUUGGAAUGGGCAUUCUGUUUCAUGCUCCUUAUCAAGUGUUUGGGAGAGCGUUUAAAUCUUCCGAACUUGGAACUUGUACGAGCGCGUUCUUUCUAGUCAGGUUUACUGGUGCGACAGUCGGAAUUUCCGUUGCUGGUGCAGUCUUUGAUGCACGUAUGGCUUCUCGUAUUACUCUGAACAUGGGCAUCGACGCCCUGAGUUCUUCGAUCGACUAUAGUACGUUGAAGGACAUACAACCUUUGAGCCUCCGUGCGGAGGUUCUACAUAUAGUGUCAACAUCAAUCCAGGCGGUCUGGAUUGUUUGCACGCCGUUACUGGGUGUAGCAUUUCUUAUGUCCUUCCUUCUCAAGAAAUUCCCAAUUCAGGACGAAGAAGUACCUGUAGACGACAAAAGAACGGCUGCGACAGAUGAAAAGCCACCGGCGGAUGUGAACGUGUAGUGUUCUCCGUGGAACUAUGUUUAUAAACCCGGCAGCGCUCAGUGUUGCUAUAGAUUUUUUACUCUUUAUAGUACCGAAAUGAAAUUGACAAUGAGAUUGUUUACAUUCUCGAAGCGCCAGGAAGCUUGCUGCGGCAUAGGUAAAACUACCAUACCGGGCUAGUAGAUUUGUGUGUCCUUCAAGACGCCCUUCGUUCUAUGUGUAGG